CGUUUCAAAGUUCCGCGUGAAGUUAGUCGUAUUGAUGACAGUUGAGAAAAUGUGGGCCACCCAAAAAAAGAAGUUGAAGAGAUAGCUAACUUCGUGGCAUGUCAAUGUCAAUAAACAUGUGGUUAUGUUUACAGGCUAACAGAUUUGAUGUUUUAAAAAUUUUCAAAAAUAUAUGAACAAUUAGGACACUAUGAAGGUGAAAGUUAUUAGUAGAAACCCGGACGAAUAUUUACGAGAAACAAAGCUGGAAAUACAUAAAGUCCAAAGAAAUUAUGAUCCUGCAUUACAUCCCUUCGAAGCUGCUAGAGAAUACACCAGAGCUGUAAAUGCUGUAAAAUUGGAUAAAAUGUUCGCCAAGCCGUUUUUAGGAAACUUGGAUGGACAUAGAGAUGGUGUUUCCAGCAUUGCAAAGCACCCUGCGAAACUAUCCGUUUUGAUCAGUGGGGCCUUUGACGGAGAAGUUAGGGUAUGGGAUCUGCCACGAAAGCUUUGUUUAAGAGAAUUUGUAGCUCAUGAUGGCAUUGUUAGAGGUAUAGUGUAUACACCUAAAGGCGAACACUUCAUUACUGUUGGCGAUGACAAAUCAAUCAAAACAUGGAAAUCUCUUACACCCCAAUUUGGAGAAGAAGAGGAACCUGUGAAUACGAUCCUAAGCAAAACAAUGAUAUCAGGUAUUACUCACCAUCAGAAAAAACCAAUCUUUGCCACAUGUGGAGAAAUCUGUCAGCUUUGGGAAGAAUCUAGGAAUGAACCUACAAGGACAAUUGAAUGGGGAGUGGACAGUUUACACGAUAUCGCCUUCAAUCCAGUAGAAACAAACAUUCUUUCAACAUGUGCCAGUGACAGAAGUGUCAUUUUAUAUGAUAUGAGAGAAAAAUUUCCACUGAGAAAGGUUAUUAUGAAACUUAGAACUAAUAAGGUCGCUUGGAAUCCAAUGGAACCUUUUAUUUUUACAUGUGCAAAUGAAGACUAUAACUUAUACACAUUUGAUUCCCGCUACCUAAGGCGACCUACAAAUGUUCAUGUGGAUCAUGUUGGAGCCGUGACAUAUGUUGAUUAUGCUCCUACUGGCAAAGAAUUUGUUUCUGGAAGUUAUGAUAAAUCAAUUAGGAUAUUUGAAGCUGGUAAAGGACACUCUAGAGAGAUAUAUCACACGAAGAGGAUGCAGCGAUUGACAUGUGUUCUGUGGUCCUUAGAUAAUAAAUAUAUUCUGAGUGGAUCUGACGAGAUGAACAUCAGGAUCUGGAAGGCCAGAGCGUCAGAAAAACUAGGACCAUUACGACCGAGAGAGAAGGCUGCCCUGCGGUAUAGCGACGCCCUUAAAGAAAAAUUCGCUAGUCAUCCUGAGGUAAAGAGAAUUGCUAGACACAGACACGUUCCAAAACACAUCUACAACGCACAGAGAGAAAUUCAUACCAUCAAGCAGAAACAGAAGAAGAAGGAGGCCAAUAGACGGGCACACUCCAAACCUGGAGAAGUACCAUAUGUACCAGAGAGACAGAAACAUGUACUUAAGGAAACUCAAUGAAAAAUUAUUUAUGUUUUUAAAAUUGUUCUAAAUAAAAAUUACUGUUUCUUUA